UGCAAAAACCCAAGAAUGUGAUUCCCCGUUUCCGAUGGCAGCGUUGGUCUCCUCCGUCUCACCGGCGGCGCUCGCGGCCCGCCUCGCCCCCGGUCGAGCGUGGAUUAUGGACAGGUGGUCGAUCCGUGGUCCUCUACCUGUGGCAGCCACUGCUGCCUUCUCCGCAGGUGGAGGGAGCGGCGAGGAGAAGCGGCGGCGGCUCGUGCUCUAUAAGAAGCCCGGUUGUUGCCUCUGCGACGGCCUCGAGGAGAAGCUUCACGCUGCCCUCUCCCUCGCCGGAGGCCCACACUCCCUCCCUUCGGUCGACCUCCAGGUGAGGGAUAUCACGGGGAAUCCUGAAUGGGAGAUGCUUUACCAGUACGAGAUUCCAGUCUUGGCCAAGGUUCUUCCUGACGGAACCGAGGACUAUGGAUCAAUGUCGAUGACUUCAGGUGAUGCCCUCCAACCAAAGGCCUCUCAUGGAGCCACGAAACACUUCCGCGGUUAUCCCCUCGUCUCACGGUGGAGCUUAUUCAGAAAAAAAUUGCCGCUGCAUUUGAAAACUGAGAAAUUUUCUCUGUUCCUUGGAGGUUGUGACCCGUAUACAAGAAUGCACAAAGGGUGUCCAAUUUGUUUGUCCUUGAAUAAUGCUUCUCAAUUGCUGCUGUUAUGUUGCUGUUAUGCUUAUCUACUUUUGGAUUUUGUGUAAUUGGUAGGCUGUCAAUGUUCGUCUUU